AUGCCAACCACAUCUGCAUCCGACAAAUCGAGACAAACCUCGGCUGGCAAAGGAUUUUUCGGGAGGAAGCUGCAUAAGGAGAAGCCGGUAGAUGAUCGGUAUGAGGGUUAUGGAGGGUCGGAGAAUCUCGCGCCCCCAGGAAACACUGCUGGAUCCCGUUCGUCCCGGCACUCGAAACGAUCAUCCGUUCAAUCUGUGGAUUACUCGCACGACUUCGAUCCAAGCGGAAUCUCGAUGACCGCCGGUGUCAUAACAUCCAUUCCCUUUGAGAGCCUUCCUGCCGAUACUAGGUCUCCGAUACCGGUAGAUUAUCUGUCCAGGGCGGAGACAUCGCCGCGAAAGGAGCCGUCGCCAAAUCAUCUUGCCAAGGGAGGCGGUGAUUUUCAUCAAUACCCAGCAUGGAACCCGACGGGACUACGAGAAAACAACGCCUUUUCCCAUCCUACUGGGCCCCGUCCCCCGCCGCAUGCGUCCAAUGUGUCUAUGGUCGGGAGUACUGCAGGAGACAAGAGCGCGAGGUAUCAGCAGUGGGCAAGACCAGGCAGUUCGGCCACCAAUGCUGGGUUCAGUCAUAAUUCUUCGUCCACCGUGGAUUCGUCAUCGACUUCGCGGAUGUCCCUUGAUCAGACCAGCAUCCAUUCGUCUCUCUCCUCCAACACAAGGGGCUCGAGUUAUAUCUCUUCGGACGGCUCAGCACGGACGCUCACAACAUCACAUUCGGGUGACCGUGGCACUCUCUUCCCGAGCAGCGGCAACUCCAGUCGAUUCUCCACUGCACAAGCGGCAUGGCAAGCUGCUCAGCUGGCUACGCACCCUGCUGCACCGGCCCUCAAUCCUGAGCAAUAUCUCACGCGACCCAGGGAUGAUCGCAUAGUGGACCAACUGUUCCUUGACUUGAUGCAAAAGCGAGGCUGGCAAAACCUUCCAGAGCAGGCCAAGCGGCAGAUGCUGGCGUAUCCCGCAUCCAAGAAAUGGACACUAGUACAUCAGGACCGCUUGACGGAACUCCAGGGUGAACAGAAGCGGAGACAAAACGCAAGGCAAACUCAUGGCCAUGACGGUCCAACCGGCAUUCUCGAGCGGGCCGAUGAAGAAGGGAGCCCGGAGUGGUAUGUGAAGAAGGUCAUGGACGACAGUAUCACCUCGAAGCAAUUGGCCAGCUUGAGUGUCAGUCUGCGAACGCAACCUAUCAGUUGGGUCAGAGCCUUUGUCGAAGCACAAGGUCAGAUCGCUUUGACCAAUGUGCUCUCUAAGAUCAACCGCAGGAAAGCUUCGGGUCCUGUACCCGCACCACCGACAGGCGACCGGGACUUGGAUAGAGAGUACGAUAUUGUCAAGUGUCUCAAGGCCCUCAUGAACAACAAAUAUGGUGCGGACGACGCAAUCAAUCAUCAACAGGUCAUUAUCGCUCUCAUCAGCUCGCUACUAUCUCCGCGGCUGAACACAAGGAAAUUGGUCAGUGAGGUCCUGACCUUCCUAUGUCACUGGGCGGAAGGCGAGGGCCAUCAAAAGGUCCUGCAGGCCAUGGAUCAUGUUAAGAACCAGCACGGCGAAACUGGUCGCUUUGACGCCUGGAUGCGAAUCGUGGAGGUGACGAUCGACGGCCGGGGCAAAAUGGGCAGUUUGGUCGGUGCCAGCGAGGAGUAUCGCAGCGGUGGCAUUGGCAUGGAGAAUCUGCUCAUGGAGUAUGCGGUCUCAACCAUGAUGCUCAUCAACAUGUUGGUGGAUGCGCCGGAGAAUGACCUACAGUUGCGAUGCCACAUCCGGGCUCAGUUCAUCUCCUGUGGCAUCAAGCGUCUUCUGACGAAGAUGGAAGGCUUCCAAUACGAGGUCAUCGAUAAACAGAUCGAGCGAUUCAGAGAAAAUGAGGCCAUUGACUACGAAGAUCUCCUUCAGCGGGAGAGUAGCAGUAUGAAGGACAGCAUCGAGGGUGAGGUCAAGGACAUGAGCGAUCCCCUGCAAAUCACGGAUGCCAUUCUGACCAGACUCAAUGGGACUCGUGCCCAUGAUUACUUCCUUUCUGCUAUGCAGCACAUGCUUCUCAUACGGGAGAACUCUGGGGAGGACGGUCUUCGAAUGUUCCAGCUUGUCGAUGCCAUGCUCAGCUACGUUGCCAUGGACCGCAGACUACCUGAUAUGGAUCUACGGCAAGGAUUGACUUUUACAGUACAGAGUCUCCUGGACAGGCUCCAUACUGAUGCAGAGGCAAGGCGAGCGUACGACGAGUCCCUUGAGGCGCGGCAGAUCGCGGAGGCCGCAAUUGCGGAACGGGACGAGAUGAAGGCGCAGGUGGAGAUGGGAGCGGAUGGUCUGGUGAAGAAGCUGCAGAAGCAGAUCGAUGAACAAACGAGCAUCAUUGAGCUUCAGACUAGACAAAACGAGGCCCUCAAGGCAGAGCUUGCCGACGUGCAGCGGCUGCGUGCUCAGGAGCUGCAGCGGAAUGAACUGGAAACCAGAGAGCUCUAUCUGAUGCUCCGGGACGCUCAGGAUAUCGCUGCAUCGAAUGCCAAGAAGAAUAAUCUGGCCGAGACCAAUCCUUCGCACAUGAGGGGUAUUCUGGACCGGGAAAGACUGCUGGAGCGGUUGGAGAAACAGCUUGAGCGGACCAAGACUCAGUUCAAGCUGGAGGGCAAAGUUUGGGGCCAACAUGGACCUUCUGACCGACUGCGCGAGCUACGGGAGCAGAUGGACGGCGAACCUGACCCUGAGGACUUUCAGGAGCAAGCUCGUCGAAACUUGGAGACUAGCGCUCUGGGUUCUGUUCAUCGCAAGAGAAGCCAUGUUCCGGAGAUGGAAGUUGCCAACGGUCAAGAGAGGCCAUCGGACCAGGAUGGGUCACUUCUCGUUAACUUUGGACGACCCCGAAUGGAUCCGGAACAAGCGUCUGAUUUGCUGGGGGAGAUUGCUUUCAAAGUUCCAAAGAUCGACGCUGAAGAUGCCGAAGCCGACGAGAUUGAUGCUCAACCAACUCAGCCAGAGACUGAAGAAGCCCAGAGAAGCCUGUAUCCGUGCCUGCACCUCCGCCUCCACCCCACCUCCACCACCGCCACCUCCUCCAGGUGGUGCGGUAGGCUUUCCGCCGCCGCCUCCACCGCCUCCUCCACCUCCGCCGCCGGGUGCCAAGGGUUUGGGAGUUCCACCUCCGCCCCCUCCUCCCCCCCUCCUGGCUUUGCUGGAGGAAUGCCUCCGCCCCCUCCACCUCCCCCAGGUCGGUUCGGAGCACCCCCACCACCUCCGCCGCCUGGUGUUGGCGGAGGCUGGCGAGCCAAUUACAUGGCUUCGCAAUCAGCACCUUCUCACCCAACUGCCGUCUUGUCGUCUAUUAGACCUAAGAAGAAACUUAAGGCUCUUCAUUGGGACAAGGUCGAUACUCCACAGGUAACAGUGUGGGCUAUUCGCGAUCCCACUCCUCAAGCGAAGGAAGAGAAGUACAGCGAGUUGGCGAAGAAGGGUGUCUUGGACGAAGUCGAAAGGUUAUUCAUGGCGAAGGAGACCAAGAUCUUUGGGGCCGGCUCCGGCGCCAAGCAGCGCAAGGACAGGAAACAGAUCAUCUCAAACGACUUAUCGAAGACCUUCCAGAUCGCAUUGGCCAAGUUUUCGCAGUAUCCUGUCGAUGAUGUCGUCCGUAUGAUUGUCCAUUGCGAUCCAGAAAUUCUGGACAAUAUGGUGGUCAUGGACUUUUUGCAGAGAGAGGAGAUGUGCACGAUACCCGAGAAUGUCUCCAAGCUAAUGGCACCGUACAGCAAGGACUGGACGGGGCCUGAUGCUGCUAGUUCUGAGCGGGAGCAAGAUCCAACCGAGCUUACACGGGAGGACCAGAUCUACCUCUACACUGCUUUUGAGCUAAAUCAUUACUGGAAAGCGAGAAUGCGGGCCCUUGCACUGACGCGCUCCUUCGAGCCGGACUACGAGCAUCUCUCGACAAAGAUGCGCGAGGUCGUGAGGGUCAGCGAGACCUUGAGAGACUCAGUCUCCUUGAUGAAUGUUCUUGGUCUGAUCCUGGAUAUCGGUAACUUCAUGAACGACGCCAAUAAGCAGGCUCAAGGUUUCAAGUUGAGCUCGCUCGCUCGCCUUGGCAUGGUCAAGGAUGAUAAGAAUGAGACAACCUUCGCAGACCUCGUUGAGCGUAUUGUCCGCAAUCAGUACCCCGAGUGGGAAGGUUUCGUUGAUGAGAUUGGCGGCGUCAUCGGAGUCCAGAAGAUCAACGUCGACCAGUUGCGGGCGGAUGCCAAGAAGUACAUUGAUAAUAUCAAGAACGUGCAGGCAAGCCUGGAUGCUGGCAAUCUAAGCGAUCCCAAGAAGUUCCAUCCACAGGACCGCGUGAGUCAAAUCGUCCAGCGGAGUAUGAAAGAUGCCAGAAGAAAGGCGGAGCAAAUGCAGCUUUAUCUGGAGGAGAUGGUCAAGACGUACGACGACAUCAUGGUCUUUUACGGAGAAGACAAUACAGAUGAAGGAGCUCGACGGGACUUCUUUGCGAAGCUAGCUUCGUUCUUGCUGGAGUGGAAGAAAUCGAAAGAGAAAAACAUCGCCCUCGAAGAGGCCCGAAAGCGUACAGAGGCUUCUCUCGCCCGCAAACGUGUCAACGCCGGCCUUGCCAACAGUUCUGGUGCAGGCGAUGCACCGGUGUCUCCUGCUACCAGCGGUGCCAUGGACUCGCUCCUGGAGAAAUUACGAGCUGCAGCUCCUCAAGCUAGAGAUCAACGUGAUCGUCGUCGGCGCGCCAGAUUGAAGGAACGUCACCAGGUUCGCGUUGCUUCAGGUCAGAAGAUCCCGGACCUCACCGGAUCUGAGCCCGCAAAUGGUGAAACGCAGACGGACAGUAACGGUACCACUCUCGUGGGCAGCAAUGACGCUAGCACCACAGAGACCGGCCUGCUGAGCCCGCCAGGCCAGGAGACCGACGUAGACGCUCAAGCGAAAGAGCUGCAGGUGUCGGAGAGCGAAGACGUUGCAGACCGCGCUGCAAGCAUGCUGCAAGGCCUCAGGGAUAACAUGGAUAACAACGGAGAGCGUGCUCGACGGAGAAGAGAGAGCGCCGAGGAGGAACGUCGGAAACGCAGACUGAGAAGGAGAAAUGGAGGAAAUGCUAGCAAAGACAGCGCCGACGGUUCGAGUUUGUCGAUCGUCCCAGAGCCCGCAACACCACCGCCCAGUACCGAAGCCUCAGCACUGAGUGAACCCGGCAUGGCCAGUCCUUCGAAUGAUGAGGAUGGGGCUUCACAACCUCCUCAAACUCCCUCUAUUGUCGUUUCGCCGAACGCAGAUGAGCAUCAGGGAUCACCCGGUGACGAAGAUUCCCUCGAUGGCUCGCCAAAGCAUCAGCCUACAGAGCAGUCGGGUUGA